AUAAAAGUACAGCUACAUUGAUUCAAUGACGACAUAUUGUCCUUUCCGUAUGUAAUGUCACUGGAGUAAAGAUGAUAUUUUAAGAUUUAUGAUAGUGGACUUAAACGACUUUUUUUUUAAUUUUCCAAAGGAUAGAUUUUCCAAGUUAAGAAAACAUGUGCUACAUCUCCGUUCCACGAAGAAUCGGAGGCAUUUUAUUUUUGGAACAAAGUUACAUUUCACAAACGUAACUUCAACAUAAUACGUUUCUAAGCUGUCACAUAAAAUUGAUAUAAUUGUAUUGUAUAAUCCGGAUCAAAACAACAUUUCGAUAAUGUAGAUUUUGAGACAGAAUAUGGAUUUAAAUCACCUUUAUCUAUUAACGUUUUAUCCCCAAAACUAAAUUUAAAAGAAACAUUCUCUUUGUCUGAAAAUUUUCUGACUUGAAUGCUAAUAAAUCUUUAUUAUAUAUAUAUUAGUAUAUGUAACCGUAUAAUGAUCAGAAAGCUUAAAAAAGUGAAGGACUUGCGUCGUAUUCUGACAGCUUUGUGUUUAUCCUUGUUGUGUGUAUUUUACUUAAACAAUUUUUCAAUGACUGCAAAACGCAUAGAAGGAUUUGCUGUAGAAGUAAGAAAGAAAGUGAGUUUAACAAGCAAGAAGAAGUUUGAGAACGAAAUGUAUCGUCAACAGGUGUUCAUGGAAAACUACAGACCCUUAAGAAAUUCUGCUGGUAUCAACUGCACAAAAGUAAUCAUAAACAACGAUCAGAAAGAAAUAGCAAAAUCCAAACAGUUUACGAUAAAAUCAUCAAAUCUCAAUUCAGACUAUUACUUGAACAUAACAAACAAUUGUCAUACGUUUCGUGCUUCCAGGGGCUAUAUUAAACAUCCGCUUUCCAAGAUGGAAUAUGAAUUCCCAAUUGCCUUUUCAAUACUGGUUUACAGAGACAUUGAACAAGUUGAACGACUCAUGCGUUUAAUAUAUAGACCUCACAAUUUCUACUGCAUACAUAUGGAUUACAAAAUGGAAACAAAUAAGAAGGAAGCCUUCAGAAAGAUUGCAAAUUGUUUGAACAAUGUUUUUAUUAUUAAAGAACCUGUGAAUGUAAUAUGGGGAGAUUUUUCACUUUUAGAGGCAGAACUGUUAUGCAUGAAAACACUUGGAUCUUAUAAACAAUGGAAAUAUUACAUAAACCUUACCGGACAAGAAUUUCCAUUGAAAACCAACCGCCAGCUAGUUGCUAUCCUUAAAGCCUUAGACGGUGCAAACGUUGUUUACGGAUCUUUAUCACGAACUCUGCGACAAUUCAGUAAACGCUGGUCUAUGGUUAAAGCACCACCACCCCAUAAUUUAACAAUGAUUAAAGGAUCAAUGCAUGUUGCUGCUAAUAGGAACUUUAUCGACUUCUGCCUCCACGACCGAAUAUCACUUGAUUUCAUAGACUGGUUAAAAGAAACAAAGAUUCCAGACGAGUCAUUCUUCUCUACAUUGAACCAUAAUCCACAGUUAGGAAUACCAGGAUCUUUAAUCGGAGAACCGGAGAAACAUUGUCUGAGGCCGUUCUUCCUGCGUUACGUCAUCUGGCAGUUUAAAGGUCAACUGGAUCUCGUUAAAACCUGCCACGGAAAAUUCGUAAGACAAGUGUGUGUAUUUGGAGUUGGGGAUCUACACAGCGCUUACAAUAGUGUUGGGCUUUUUGCUAAUAAAUUUUACCUUGAUUUUGAACCUACAGCUCUUGACUGUUUAGAAGAAUUACUAUAUGACAGAACAUGGAAAGAGUAUCUCGAAGACAUUCCUAUUGAUACGUCUUAUUAUAGCAAUUUAGACUACUCCAAGAUGCAGUCGAAACCGUAGCACCAAAAGAAGCAGAAAUAAUUAUCACAUUAGAUAAAAUCGUUCGUACAUUGUCUUUCUCCCUUAUUUUAGAUGUUUCUAUUACUGUACAAGUUCUAUAAAGUUAUAAAAAUUAUGCGUACAAAUGUAAGUGCCAAACGUUUAUACGACAUAUAUAUAUAUAUAUAUAUAUAUAUAUAUAUAUAUAUAUAUAUAUAUAUAUUCCGGGUUUUAUGGAUGUUUAAAAUACAACAUCACCAGUUAAUUCAUUUAACUGCAUGAUUUGCAAAUACAAUGAGAUAUGAAAGAGUCAAACAGUUGUGUCAGUUUUAGAUUAUCUUAUUUUGAUGUCGUACUUAGAAAGUAAUCAUGUCUACAGUCUUAAGCGAAUUUUUAUUCA